UUUGCGUGCAAGUUAACGAUGGAUUUCUCACCUUAUUUUCUCCCACUCGAAUGAAGUGGUUGGGCUGCGAAUCCGACAUCUUUGUCUAAAGUUAUUGAUUUUCACAUCCCUAUGUUACAAACACAAAAUCUCCUCCUCCUCCUUUUUCUUUCUUUAUUAAGCUUUCCCAUUCUCAUAAUUCACCAUUAGUUGCACCUACAAAUUAUACACCCUUUUGAAAUGAAAGCAUUUCCCCUUCAGCAAGAAACUUGGCCUACAUUUAUAUCCAACGUUACUUUUUCAUUAUUCUGAAUUCCACUAGGCUUGUUAGUGUUUUCACUCCUUAAUUAACCACCAAUUACAUCCAUAAAUGGCGGCCAUCAGCAGCAUCCGUUUACAAUUUCCACGGAAUUUAAACGAUUCAAGGAAGAAGGACAUGAGUUUUUAUGCUCCGUCCAACAUUACUAACGUGUUUAAUAAUAAACGAAGGUUUUUGUCGGUGGCCGCAAGUUAUAGUGAUAAUCCUCGAAAAAUGGACACUGCCAGCAGAGUAAAUGUGAAUGGAAUACACGUGGCGGAGGCUCCUCUUCAAGCCGGAAGGUUGGCAAAGGAAAGUGCAGCAGAUGAAGCUAUUGUUACCAGCUUGCGUGGAAGGUUUGUGGAGGAUAAGUUUGUAUUUAGGCAAAUUUUUGUUAUCAGGUCUUACGAAAUUGGACCAGAUAAAACUGCUACCAUGGAGACACUCAUGAAUUUUCUUCAGGAAACUGCUUUAAAUCAUGUGACUAGCUCUGGGAUUGGGGGAGAAGGAUUUGGAGCAACUCGCGAGAUGAGCCUUCGGAAACUCAUUUGGGUUGUUACUCGUAUUCAACUUCAAGUUCAGAAAUAUAACAAAUGGGGAGACGAAAUUGAAGUUGACACUUGGGUCGAUGCCGCUGGAAAGAAUGGAAUGCGAAGAGAUUGGAUAAUCAGGGAUCACUACACCAAAGAGAUCAUAACAAGAGCCACAAGCACAUGGGUGAUCAUGAAUAGACAAACAAGAAGACUUUCCAAGAUCCCUGAAGAGGUGAAGCAAGAGCUUGUUCCUUUUUACCUAAACAGGCUUGCCGUUCCUACCGAAGAAGUAGACUGUGAGAAGAUAGACAAACUCACUGAUGACACAGCUGAGAGAAUCCGAUCUGGAUUGGCUCCAAGGUGGAACGAUAUGGACGCUAACCAGCAUGUCAACAAUGUGAAAUACAUUGGAUGGAUUUUAGAGAGUGUGCCGAUUGAAGUUCUAGAACAUUAUAAUAUGACGAGCAUGACUUUGGAGUAUCGACGUGAAUGUACACAGUCAAAUAUUGUGGAAUCCAUGACGUGUCCAACAGCAAGUGUUUUAGAGUCCAACAAUAAUUCCAAGAACAGAAAACCGGACCUGCAAUACACACACUUGCUUCGUCUGCAACAUGAUAAAGCAGACGUUGUUCGAGCCAGAACUGAGUGGAAUUUCAAGCAAAACCAACAGUGAUACAUAACAUUGACAAAAAGCACAGUAUCUUUGGAUCUUAUCUUGUACCCUUUUCUCUAUUUUCCUUUUAGCUUUUCGCUCUCGUGGUUUUCCUUUCUAGGAUCCUUUACGUUCUACAUUCAUUACAUUUGUCCUUAAUCCUAUUUUGUAAAUUCUUUGAGGAGAACUAUAGGUCGCUAAUUAUUCAGAAAUUUAUACAAA